CACUGUACGGAGGUGAGAGUGAGUGAGUGGACUAUUUGGAUAUCGCUGGGUAUUCUGGGUACAGACAGUAAUUCCACGAUGGCGGCGAGCAGGAGGCUGCACAAGGUAAAUUUCCUGAUCAAUCAAAUUAGGAUUUUAUCUUGUUAGAUUAAAGAGAAUAAAACAUUCGGAUUGCUAAAUCUCCGAUAAAAUGAAAAGUGUCGUUAAAUUGGUUUAAUUUAGCCCCACACUGUCAGAAACCUCAUGAAACUCGGUAAGCGGAAAAUGAAGCUAGCUAGCUAGACGUUAGCGUGCUAAGCUAACCCGCUAGCAGUUGUUUUUUGGUGAUGUUUUGAUGUUAGCACCGGUAUGUUAAUAGGCAAGGUCCGUGUUUUAUUCAUCUAAAUUAAUUAACAAUGUGUCAUCAAAUUUAUUUAGUUUAAAUUAAUUAUUGUGUCAUAAAUUGGGUGAUAGUCGCAGUUAAACAUGAUUGAACAUUGGCUCAGAAAAACUUGGCUGGCUAGCUAACGUUAGCUAGCUUGCGAACCGUAGCAUGGGAGUUAAUUGUGCAAUGCACAGCAGGUACCUAGUUAGCUAACGGUGUGGUUCUAUGAGCAAACCAGCUAGUUAGCAACUCACGUUAAUUCAACUUAUUUUCUCAAUGUGUAACCGAGGAAUCUGAGCAGCUAGCCAACCAAAUGCAUUUCCUCUGAUUUGGUUUCUUAGUUGAAUUGUUUUGAAUAGUCAUCGAGUGAAUCGAAAGCGAAAUUGUAGAAAUUGAUUAUCUGCUAAAUACGUUACGUUAGCUAAGCUAGUUGAAUUUCAUUCAUUCGACCUCAGUAAACGAGCUAGCUAGCUUAAUAGCUAACAAUGAUUAACGUUAGCUUACCAACACUGGGUGUAAACAAUCCUCAUCAUGUUCUCAACACUGGGUGUUAACAACCCUUAUCAUAAUUGGCAGCUGGGUUUAAUUUGUGUGAAAAUAACGUUAGCUAGAUAUCUAGCCAAAAAUAUCUAGCUAGUUGGUUAGUCAGCAGUAUCGAUUAACCUAACUUCUUAGAACGUUUUUACAUAGACUUUUAAACCCUUUAUUUUCUCAAAACAACCGUAGGACAUAGAAUAAGGCUACAUUCAAGAUCAGAUUAAUAUGGAAAGAAAUGAAACCAGGAAGCUGUGUGCCCAUGUUUUAUUGUUAUGGGUGUGUUAACUGUAAUGUCCUUGUCACUAUAACACACUGUAACACUACCCCCAAUCUCAUGAUUUGUAGUGAACGAUUACCAGCCCUGGGAUUUAUGAGUCAUUCCUCUGGUUUGGCAGAGAUCAGUGUUCUGUAGUGAGAUCAGUGUGAGACUUCCUGGUUGGGUGAAUGAGACACAGACAGAUAUAGGCUAAUCCCUAGUAUUCGUUCAGUCUGUGUUUACGUGUGUCUGUAGUCAUUGGGCUGUUUUGGCCUAUUGGACACAGCUUGUUUAGUGGUUACUAAGACUCAGCCAACACAGACAUGUUUUAUCAGUCCUUUAUCUCUAGUUUGAUAUACACCUCUCUGCUUCCCGUAAUGGUGAUGUUUAUGGUUUAUGAUUAACUAACAUUAAUUAGCUGUACAGGAGAACUUGUUCAUUAUGUUUUUCUCUCUCUUUCAGGAACUUGAUGAAAUCCGCAAGUCUGGAAUGAAAAAUUUCCGUAACAUUCAAGUGGAUGAAACAAAUAUUUUGACUUGGCAAGGCCUCAUUGUUCCAGUAAGUAGCCUAGCGGCAUUACAUACUACUUUCUCCAGACAUAAUAACAAGGAGGACCAAGGCACUCACAGCGAUGUUACAACUCAUUUGUUGCUGUGCCAUUUUCAGUAGGACAUCAGCUCACCUUUUAACCAAAUGUCAUUGUCUCUCUCCCCUCUAAAAGGACAACCCUCCAUACGAUAAAGGUGCGUUCAGGAUCGAGAUAAUCUUCCCAGCGGAGUACCCCUUCAAGCCCCCCAAGAUCACGUUCAAGACGAAGAUCUACCACCCCAACAUCGACGAGAAGGGACAGGUGUGUCUGCCUGUGAUCAGCGCAGAGAACUGGAAACCAGCCACUAAAACUGACCAAGGUACGGCGGAAAGUUCUUCUGACUUAACUUUUUAAAUAGUAGUUAUUUGCAGUUUUUCAUAAUUUGUAAUUGAAAGUCUGAACCCUAACCCUCCAGUCUCCUCUCCCUCGGAGUCUCCUAUCUAUUUGGCUGGAGAGGAUUCCAUCCUGUAUCCUCUGCCUGGUUAUGGAUUUCAAUGUGUCUUUCUGACCUGGUUCAUCUGGACUUCCUCGUGUCAUCAUCCAUUUUUACAGUCUCUUUUAUCCUGCUUGUCUCUCUGCAGUGAUCCAGUCCCUGAUCGCGCUGGUCAACGACCCCCAGCCAGAGCAUCCUCUCAGGGCAGACCUAGCAGAGGAAUACUCUAAGGACCGUAAAAAAUUCUUUAAGAACGCAGAAGAGUUUACAAAGAAACAUGCCGAAAAACGACCUAUGGACUGAGAACGCAAACGUGUGACUUCCUUUUCCUCCCUCCCCCCGGGAUCCUCUCUCAACUCCUCCCUCUCUCCCCCCCUCCAAGACCACCUAUACCCCCUCUGUUCUUACCCCGUCCCCUGAAAAUGCCCCCCACACACGUACACACAUCCUUCUAGCCCCCCUCCUCCUCCUGGGGCGGUAUAUCUCGGCUCCACUUCGCCCUGGCAACAGGACUUUUUCGUGAAUCAGGCAGGUCGUUCAGCUCUGGGUGUUAGCUUGUUGCUGUUAAUAACUUUCUACUGAUUUCUUAAAUUAAAUUAUAAAAAUGUUGAAUUUGGGCCAGAGAGAGCAACCUGUAAAAGAGGGAGAGGAAAAAAAUACAACGGAAAGAAAGAUGUGGAUAAAAAUGUUGUUCUGCUCAAUUUGCUCAUGAUUUGUUCACAGAAGUGUAUUGAUUGCUGGUGCAGACCUGUAUAAAGAUUGUUGACUGUUUUGAAAGCUAUUUGCUAAAUGCUGAACUUGUGGUCUGAUUGCUAACCCUUUUCCGCUCACUCCUUCCCCUCACUAAAAUAUGUAACAGAAAAAAAACAACCUCAAAGCAACUAAAUGAUAGAAAACAUUUAAAGCAUCCAGGUUGAGGAGGUGUGGCAAAAAUGUUUAUUUUAUAUUUCUUUUUAUUGUUUUGCUUAAGUUGCACUUUGCUCUGUGGAACUAGCUUUUAAGUUCACCAUAAAACUUCAGUUUGUCACCAAUACAAUGUUCCAGAUGUUAUAAAAAGGAGAAGAAAAAAAAUUGUGUGCACCUUAAUUGAGAGAUUAUCAUGAAAUGUUUUGUUCAGCGGAUAUAUGGCACUUCCUGUAAAGGUCUGACCAUGUGACAGGAAGUACCUCUCUAUGCCUUUGCCCACUUGCCUCUUACAAGAAGGCAAUUAGACUGUCACAUCUUGUUCCCAUUUAAACUACUCAUCAGUCUUCCUCUGUGACUGGGAGGAUGGAACAAUUUUUUGGGGUGUUGAGGUGAUCAGCCCUAGAAAGGCACUGCACAAAUUCACUAAUCUUGUUCACAUAUUUGGCAUACAAAGUGAUUUGUGAAUCAGAUUGCAAAAGUUUAGUCAUUUAGAAAUGCAUUUAGUCAUUCAGCAACAACCACCUGACCAGUACUGCCAUUGGGGAAUAAUAAUGACAUUGGACCAAAACAUUUGAUUACUUUAUUCAUCAGUUUAUGUAAUUGUAAAUGAAAGUUAACCAGUAACCACUUAGAGGCAGGAGGCAGUUACCCAUCCAAUCCAUUGGGAUCUGUAAACACUGAAGGGUUAGGACCAAUGAUGUGAUGUAUUGGUUAAGACUGCCAAUGAGAUGCAUGCACGAUACUUUGGAGACCUGUAAAUGUCAGUCACUUUUUCAACACUAGAGGGUGAUACUUCUCUACAAGGGAAAUUGAACUCCUUAUCCAAAGGGCUUUGUGGGUCUAUCUAUGGC